AUGUUCUGUACCUCGGGUACGGGGAAGUCAUCUGGUUCGAAGCCACCGCGGAAAUCUCAGGAUGGUUCGUCCAAGGCGCAAGUUCCGCUCCUGUUGCACUUUGAUGUCAACAAGACUGUCAUCCAGUCAGACAGCGUGCAGAUGAAAGGAGUCGAGGAAGGAAUCCGCGAGGGCAUCGCGGAUCUUUUCUGGGGCAACUUGCAGAAGAGUGGCGGCAGCGAGAGCUGGGAAUGGAUCAAGGCAGAGCCAUCCUGCGCGCCGCCCAAGGACGAUGAUAUCCUGGCAGUUGGCACCACACCGUUGAACUACACGCAGUGGUGCAAACGAUUCGUCCAGGACAAGAAAGCGAUGAAGGAAGCUGUACGCUCCUUCUCAUUGGUGCAGGGGCAGCCUGUGGAGAAGGAGAUGAAGAAGUUGCUGCAGCUAACGAUGAAGAAGAUGCAGUUGAGACCGGAGGUGCGGAAAUCCAAGGAGGCCGAAGCAGCGGGGCUGUUGGGCCCGACCUUCAACAUGUUUCCGGCACUAUUUCAAAUGGUGGUGCAGCUCCAGCGCCAGCGCCGACCCUUCGCCAUCUUGUUCCGGUCCUUCGGGGCGGACCACGAGAAGAUCCAGCGCGAGUGGAACGCCUUCUGCGAGAUGCGCCACCCCAUCUUCAGCCGGCUCAUCGAAGACAUCGGGCCGAUGGACGGCUCCACCCCUGGGGUCCCGGAUCGCCGCAUCCACUCCAUCCACACGCUGUACCGCGACGCCUCGGGUCCCAUGGUCCUGCUGGACACCUUCACCAACGGCCCGGAGGACAGCCCCUGGGACAGCUGGGUCCGCACCAAGCCCAAGCCCACCGCGGACACACGGAACGGCAAAAGCUGGACGAAGCAGGUGCUGAAGUCGAAAGUGGUCGAAGGCUUCACCGCUUUCCGGAAGUUCUGCGCAGAUCAUUUAGCCAAGCAGGCCACCGCCGCCAUCAAAGAUGACUGGGCUUGGUGGCAGUUUCACAAUGAGCAGGCUCAUGGUGGCAAGCUCAUGACUCUCUUGAGGAGAAAGGACAACGCGCAAGUCUUCUUUGAUGACAACAUCGAGCCCUUCGAUGCGAGGAUUGUGGACUGCCGGGACGACUACGGCAACACGGUGCCCGACAGUGUCGCACUGGACAAGUACCUAGUAAAGGUCAAUCCGGUGGAGGCCAUGCUGGACGACAAUUACUUUCUGCGGAAGUUGCUGGCGACGCAGGGGGACCACAUCGACGUGGGAUCAUCCCUGAUCGGUGUGCAGAAGCAGCUGGCAGACAAAGAAGAGGAGAACGGCACUCUGGUGAAGCAACUGCAGAACUUGGGUCAGCAUUUGAAGCAGCUGAUGGAAGAGAACCGGAGGAUGAAGCAGCAGCGGCGCAUCCCGGUGCGCGACGAGAACGAGCUGAAACGGAUAUUGCACAAAGAUGGGAUCGAUACCAACAAGUUUGGCACAGGCAACUUCAAGAGUCUCCGGAACCUGCAGACGGAGAUCGACCAGGGAGCGAGCUGGCUCCAAGACAAUGACCAUGGGCGUAUUGUCCGGGUCCUGGACAUGGUCUAUUUGAUGAUCAAGUACAACGACAUGCUCUUAGUGGAGUCCCACGAGCAAGACGGGAGCAACGGCAACAUCAUCCGCACUCGGAACUAUCUCCCCGGAGUGCGGAUGAGAGUGGAGGACAACAUGCAGGAUGUGAUCGACCGCUGGUUUCAGACAGGUCUCCAGGUGGACAUCUCGCCCUACAUCGAGACACAGGAGAUGCCGGUGUAUGUGCCGGAUGCACCGCCGCAGCAGAGCCUGCUCACUGAGGCCUAUCCCUUGGCCUGCAUGAUCCAGGCGAGCCAGGGCACCUUUGUGAUCCCGGACAAGGAGGUGGAGCUGUACAAGGAUCUCUUCGCCAAGAUCGGGCUUCCGGGGGGCAAGUCCUUCUCCACGGUGUCCAAGGAUGCCGUGGAUGAGCAGAGCGUGAUCACCCGGCUGUGGCGCUGGGACAAGAUCAAGAACUGGAAGGAGCAUGCAGCCUCCGGGGGCAAAAGCAGCAUGCAGGUUCAGGAUGUGUCGGAGACCUGCCGGAGAUUGUUCAAAGACCAUCCCCGAGCGGAGAUCUAUCAGAGGCUGCUACUGCAGAUGUUUGAGGUCUUUGAGGCCCAGAAGCUGACGGGAGGCUUCAGCGGCUCUCUGGUGAUCAGGGUGCAGCCCUUUGAAGCCGAUGGCCGGCCGGGGGAGCCUUGCAUCGUGAAGCUGGACGAAGGCAAGGCCAUCCGCACGGAGGCCUCCAACUCCGAGAACGUCUUCAAGGCCCUUCCGGACCGCGCCGCCCGAAUCUUGGGCGAUGCGGUCUACGGACGGGACAAGGACUGCGCUAAGAUUCAGACUUCCGCUUUGUGA